AUGGUUAACUCCUGUUGUGGCUCUGUCUGCUCUGAGCAGGGCUGUGAUCAAAGUCCCUGCCAGGAGAGCUGCUGCCAGCCCAGCUGCUGCCAGCCCACCUGCUGCCGCCCAGUGUGCUGCCAGACCACCUGCCGCCCCAGCUGUGGAGUGUCCAGCUGUGGAGUGUCCAGCUGCUGCCGCCCAGUGUGCUGCCAGACCACCUACCGCCCCAGCUGUGGAGUGUCCAGCUGUGGAGUGUCCAGCUGCUGCCGCCCAGUGUGCUGCCAGACCACCUGCCGCCCCAGCUGUGGAGUGUCCAGCUGCUGCCGCCCAGUCUGCUGUCAGACCACCUGCCGCCCCAGCUGUGGAGUGUCCAGCUGUGGAGUGUCCAGCUGCUGCCGACCAGUCUGUCAGACCACCUGCCGCCCCAGCUGUGGAGUGUCCAGCUGCUGCCGCCCAGUCUGCUGCCAGACUACCUGCCGCCCCAGCUGUGGAGUGUCCAGCUGUGGAGUGUCCAGCUGCUGCCAACCAGUCUGUCAGACCACCUGCCGCCCCAGCUGUGGAGUGUCCAGCUGCUGCCGCCCAGUCUGCUGCCAGACCACCUGCCGCCCCAGCUGUGGAGUGUCCAGCUGCUGCCGCCCAGUCUGUCAGACCACCUGCUGUGGUACAACUUGCUGCCGCCCCUCUUGUUGA